AUCAAAAGCCCGAUCAGCCCCUGCUUCCCCGCUUCUUCUUCUUACCUUCAGUCUGGAGCUCAUAACUACCAACUAUCCUUCCCCUCGGCACUUUGCUGCUUCUUUCACUCAUUACCGUCGCGAGUCGACAUCCACUCCUUUCUCGUCUUGACGUCCUAG